CUCUGCGCAGCCAGAGGCGGGGCCUGACUGGAGAGCGGCCGAAUUGGGCACUUUUGCGGGAACGCAGAGCCGAGCGUGGAGAGCGGAGCGAAGCUGGAUGACUGGGGACCGAUGAUGUGGCGAGCAUCGCUUCUGCUGCUGCUGUUGCUACUGAGGCACGGGGCCCAGGGGAAACCGUCCCCAGACGCAGGCCCUCAUGGCCAGGGGAGGGUGCACCAGGCGGCCCCCCUGAGCGACGCCCCCCAUGAUGACUCCCACGGGAACUUCCAGUACGACCAUGAGGCUUUCCUGGGACGGGAAGUGGCCAAGGAAUUCGACCAACUCACCCCAGAGGAAAGCCAGGCCCGUCUGGGGCGGAUCGUGGACCGCAUGGACCGCGCGGGGGACGGCGACGGCUGGGUAUCGCUGGCCGAGCUUCGCGCGUGGAUCGCGCACACGCAGCAGCGGCACAUACGGGACUCGGUGAGCGCGGCCUGGGACACGUACGACACGGACCGCGACGGGCGUGUGGGUUGGGAGGAGCUGCGCAACGCCACCUAUGGCCACUACGCGCCCGGUGAAGAAUUCCAUGACGUGGAGGACGCAGAGACCUACAAAAAGAUGCUGGCUCGGGACGAGCGGCGUUUCCGGGUGGCCGACCAGGAUGGGGACUCGAUGGCCACUCGGGAGGAGCUGACGGCCUUCCUGCACCCCGAGGAGUUCCCUCACAUGAGGGACAUCGUGAUUGCUGAAACCCUGGAGGACCUGGACAGAAACAAAGAUGGCUAUGUCCAGGUGGAGGAGUACAUUGCGGAUCUGUACUCCGCUGAGCCUGGGGAGGAGGAGCCGGCGUGGGUGCAGACGGAGAGGCAGCAGUUCCGGGACUUCCGGGAUCUGAACAAGGACGGGCACCUGGACGGGAGUGAAGUGGGCCACUGGGUGCUGCCCCCGGCCCAGGACCAGCCCCUGGUGGAAGCCAACCACCUCCUGCACGAGAGCGACACGGACAAGGAUGGGCGGCUGAGCAAAGCGGAGAUCCUGGGUAAUUGGAACAUGUUUGUGGGCAGUCAGGCCACCAACUAUGGCGAGGACCUGACCCGGCACCACGAUGAGCUGUGAGCUCCGUGCACCUGCCACAGCCUCAGGGGCCCCGCACAGUAACCCGAGCCCCGUGCACCUGCCACAGCCUCAGGGCCCCACACAGUGACCCAAGGAGGGGCUGCCGUGGUCUAGGCCCCUCCCUGUCCAGGCCCUGCAGGAGGCAGAUGCAGUCCCUGGCAUCCUCCUGCUCAUGGGCUCUCAGGAACCCCUUGGGUCAGCUUCUGUCCCUGUCAUACCCCCAACCCCGGGGAGGGGCCGUCACAGUCCCAGAGGAUAAGCAACACCUAUUUCUGACUGAGUCUCCCAGCCCAGACCCAGGGACCCUGGCCCCAAGCUCAGCCUCUAAAAACCGCCACCAACCCCUCCAGCUCCGAAUCUGAGCCUCCACCACACAGACUGAAGCUCCCCUGGCCCCAGCCCUCUCCUGCCUGGCCCGGCCUGGGACACCUCCUCCCUGCCAGGAGCCAAUAAAAGCCAGCGCCGGGACCUUG